AUGAAGGAAUGCUGCAUCUGUGAGUUUCAGACUGUGGAGGUCCAGUCUGGUGAAGAUGUCACUCUGCUCUGCUUUAACUUAACCAAAGAUCCUUCUCAGACUGACUGGUUCAGAGUGGUCAACAGCUCCAAAGUCAGCUGUAUCUCCUCCAUGUUUGGUUCUGGUGGUGAUCCUUCACUCUGUCGUGGAUUUGAAGGUGGAAAAUUUGCAAUGAGUUCCAACAACAGCUUUGUGUCUCUGAAAAUCAGUGGAGUGAAUGAGUCUGACUCUGGACUGUAUUUCUGUGGAUUCUAUGUAAACAAACAUACAAUCAUUGGAGAUGUUACACAACUGAUCAUUAAAGGUAAGAUCCUGAUCAUGUCUGAUCUCUUCCUAUGUAUCAAUUUAAGAAUGUCCUCCAUGAUUCUUCAUUACAGGCGAGAACAUGCGAGCAUGGACCUGCUGACUGUGAUCCUGGCUGCUCUGACUGUCCUCCUCUCUGCAGUCAUUGUUGUUCUGGCUGUAAAAUUCAGGAAACUUCUCACAGCUGUACGAAAAGAAGAAGAAAACACAAAGAAUCGGGACUCGGAUGAUCUGAACUACGCUGCUCUGAGUUUCCAGCAGAAAGCAAAGAGAGGCGGCAGGUCUCCAUCGGAAAGAGAGCUGCAGCCACAUGUGCUGUAUGCUGCCACUCGGUAGAGUCAGGAAGAAGGUGGAACUGCAGCUCAGCUUCGUACCCAAGUUGUUUGCUUGUGUCUUUUUUUAUCUGAUCCAUCUGACUCAUUGUUCAAUGCCUGUUUGAAGACGGACAGAUCAGAAUAAGUUGUGACUCGUGUCAGUACUGAGGCUAUAAGGGGGGAGGGGGCUCUGUUGCUUUGUUUUUCUGUGUCAUUUAGCCAGUAUGUCAUUGGACUGUGUCAUCACAUGUGCAAUCAGAACCUCCUCAACAGGCAGAAACUAAAUGUGCUUCAAUUUCAUUUAUAAUUCUUAACAUUUUGUUUUCCAACUCCAGAACUCUACCAGACAUCAUAUUUACUUUUCUGUGUGAACUGAAUGUUUGAAUAUAAUCUCAGUAAAAAUGGCAAACAUUUUUGAACUUUAUUACAAACUGCAUCUAACCGUUAAAUAAGGAGCAAAGAAAACAGGAAAUGGUUAUUAAAAAAAAAAA